AAAAAGAAAAAUACUUUCAAGAUGCCUAUUUCAGAUGAUCAGCUUAACCGAAUACUACAACAACAGCAAGCACAAUUAGAUGCACAAAUGCGGUUGUUGGAGAUCCUAACUCAACAGCUCAACAUCCAGUGUUCGAGUCCACAUACUGUUUCAAAUACGUCUUGUGAAGCAGUGGCAAACAGCAUACCAGAAUUCGUCUAUAAUCCUGAAUGUGGAAAUACUUUUCUGACGUGGUUCAAACGUUGGGAAGAUACAUUUAGAAUUGAAUUCGGUAAACAAGACGAUGCAUGGAAGACUCGGUUGUUGCUGCGUAAGUUGGGAAGCAAUGAGUAUGAACGUUACGCUGACCACGUAUUACCGAAGUUACCUCGAGAGCUCAGUUUCGAGGAGACAGUAACUCAGCUGUCAGAUAUUUUCGGCGAAUCAUCAUCAUUGUUUAGUAUUAGAUAUCAUUGUCUAAAUCUGGUGAAACACGAAGAUGAUGAAUAUGCGGUUCUUGCAGACGUCGUCAACAGAGAAUGUGAACGGUUCAAGUUACGCUCGUUGACGGAAGACCAAUUUAAAUGCUUAAUAUUCAUCAAAGCUCUUCAGUCACCGCAAGAUGCGGAAACCAGAACUAGACUUUUGAUUCGAAUGGACCAAGACCCAAACGUCACACUCAGAACAUUGACAGAUGAGUGUAAACGCCUACAAAGCAUCAGGCACGACAACAUGUUGAUUGAACAGGUAAAUCACAAUUUAACCAGCAGUAGUGUCAAUGCUAUUACUAGGUUAAAGGUCCAGAAGCCGAUAACAUCUCGUAACAAACCAACGACGGCAUGUUGGUUAUGUGGUGAUUGGCACUACGUACGAUUUUGUCCAUUUAAAAAACAUAAAUGUCAGAUGUGCCAUAAACGUGGACAUAAAGAAGGCCAUUGCCAACCAGAUCGUACGUCUCAGCCCAAGAAGAAGCGCAAACGUACUCGACAUGUGGUGAAAUCAGCCGAGUCUAAAUCACUUUCUCUCGUAGCUGCUUUUCAAACAGAAUAUGACGUUCGGAGAAAGUAUGUUACUAUCCAGAUGAACGGUGCAUCAGCUCGUUUCCAAAUCGACACGGCAUCAGAUAUCACCUUAAUGUCUAGAGAAACGUACAACAUGCUGGGAAAACCGCCAAUGAAGCCAUCUAAGAAAACAGCUAAAAGCGCUUCAGGUGGUGUGUUAAAACUGGUUGGUGAGAUACACUGUGAAUUUUCCUUCAACGGAACAAAAUGUACAGGUAUAUGCUAUCUGACAGAACGGCCAAACCUUGAUCUUCUUGGUCUAGAUAUGCUAGAAAAGCUGGGAAUAAUGGAUUUACCCAUUAACGGUGUCUGCAGCGUAUCGUGUUCAUCAUUGGACACCCCGAUACUUAAAAAGAAGACAGAUGAAAGGUUACAAGAUAAACGAAAGAGGAAGUCAGCCUCUGUUUCUCAGAAUAGCCUUGGCCGCUGUACGAAUCUGAAAGCUAACCUACCAGCGAAAGCGGAUGCCAAACCUACUUCACGUCCGAGACGCCCUAUACCAUAUGCUGUUCAUGAGCCUCAACAAAACUUAUCGGUGGGGAAGCAGCCCGAUCGAUGGUUGUUUAAAGAUAUGGUUCCUACAAAGCAGGCGGCUCGUAAGAGUACGGGUGGCAAGGCACCCAGGUCGCAGUUGGACCCUAGCACCAGAUCCUACGAAUCUUCUCAAAGGGGAGGUGUUAGUGGGACAUAGAUGGAUUUAAAGCAUGAUUACGUCACUACGCG